GGAUAACAAGAUGGCGUCUGACGGUGAAGACGUUAUUGCAGUCGUCACAGUUCAGUGUUCUUAAUCUGUGCGUCCAUGUACACAUAUAUGUCCUUUAUUACACUCCAUUAAAUAGAGUAAUAAUGACUGUUUGUAUAUUAGUCUGAGUGCACUUUGAUGCUUCUCCAGCUAGCUUAGCUCUCUAGUUAGCUUAGCUCGUUAGCUGCUAACAAAGAGAGGCGGAAGUGGUGAAAACACAUCGCUAAGCAGAGAUCAAGUGUGACUGUAAAGUGUUGUGAUUGUGUGAAAAUGUGCGAAAGAACCAUAGCAGAGUACGAGGAGGAACUUUGUCCAACAAAAGAGGAGAAGGAGCGACAACAUCAAGUUGUGUUACACACAACAGACAUCCAUCAGCUGAUUGGACACCAAGAAGAAUGUCUCCCUCAUCUGCAGGGGGACACUUUCACUUUAGAGGAUCCACAGCCCUCACAUUUUAAAGGGGACGAGGAGGAUCCACAGCCCCAUUUUUUUAAAGAGGAAGAUGAGGGAGAGUGUCCUGUAGGGCAGGAGGAGGAUGAUGUCAUGACUGUUGUCUCUGUGAAGACUGAAGAGCAUGAAGACAAAGCACGUGAGUCCUCACAGCUUCAUCACAGUCCAAACGUCUGGGAAGAACAUCUUCACCCUGAGCAACAGCAGUGGAACUUCAGGAUGCGGACGGAGGAGCCACAGCCCUCCCACAUUAAGAAGGAAGAGGAGUACCCACUGAGCCCUCACAUUAAAGAGGAAGAGGAGGAACACAGCAUCAGUCAGCAUGUUGAAGGAGUGGAGGAGGUUGAUGUCACCAAGAUGCCAGUGACUGGUGUCCCUGUGAAGAGUGAUGUCACCAAGAUGCCAGUGACUGGUGUCCCUGUGAAGAGUGAUGUCACCAAGAUGCCAGUGACUGGUGUCCCUGUGAAGAGUGAUGUCACCAAGAUGCCAGUGACUGGUGUCCCUGUGAAGAGUGAUGUCACCAAGAUGCCAGUGACUGGUGUCCCUGUGAAGAGUGAUGUCACCAAGAUGCCAGUGACUGGUGUCCCUGUGAAGAGUGAUGUCACCAAGAUGCCAGUGACUGGUGUCCCUGUGAAGAGUGAAGGUGAUGAGGUCAAAGGUGAGAGUGAGGAGAAGAGAAGCAGCAGAUCAACACACCACAUGACAACAGAAGCUGAUGGAGACCACUGUGGAGCAGACAAGAUGUUAGCUCCACUAUCAGAUAGUGAGGACACAAGGUCACACUCUCCUGACACUGAUGAUGAACACUCUAAAGAUGAUGCAACAUGUCACACUGACAACACACACUUCACAUGUUCUCUCUGUCACACAACUUUUAAACACCAUUGUCGUCUAAAAGUACACAUGAGAAGACACACUGGAGAAAAACCUUUUUCCUGCUCAGAAUGUGGUAAAAGUUUUGUAAUGAAUCAACAUUUCAAAGCACACAUGAGAACACACACUGGAGAAAAACCUUUUUCCUGUUCAAUCUGCGGUAAAGAUUUUACUCAAAGGCCCAAUUUCAAAGCACACCUAAGAAGACACACUGGAGAAAAACCUUUUUCCUGCUCAGAAUGUGGUAAAAGUUUUGUAAUAAAUGGAAAUUUAAAAGUUCACAUGAGAACACACACUGGUGAAAAACCUUUUUCCUGCUCAGAAUGUGGUAAAAGUUUUGUAAUAAAUGAAAAUUUAAAAGUUCACAUGACAACACACACUGGGGAAAAACCUUUUUCCUGCUCAGAAUGUGGUAAAAGUUUCGUACUAAAUAAAAUUUUAAAAGCACACAUGAGAAGACACACUGGAGAAAAACCUUUUUCCUGCUCAGAAUGUGGUAAAAGUUUUGUAACAAAUGACAAUUUAAAAGCACACAUGAGAACACACACUGGGGAAAAACCUUUUUCCUGCUCAGAAUGUGGUAAAAGUUUUGUUACAAAUGAAAAUGUAAAAGCACACAUGAGAACACACACUGGUGAAAAACCUUUUUCCUGUUCAACCUGCGGUAAAGGUUUUACACAAAGUCAUUAUGUAAAAGCACACAUGAGAAGACACACUGGGCAAAAAUCCCAUUUGUGUUCAAUGUGCAACAGAAGCUUUUAUGAACGAUCAACACUUGUAAGACACAUGAGAACACACACUGGUGAGAAAGUGUUGAGUUGCAGUGUGUGUGCUGAAAGAUUCUCCUAUAAGUACCAGAGUAAGAAACACAAGUGUGCUGGUGAGAGCAAAUGAAGAUGCAGGAUUUGAAAUCAACUUCAACUUUGACUUUCUAACAACAUCAGCACAUAUAACAUGUGCGACAUCAUUGUUGUGUGUGUAACACAAUCUUGUUAAUAUGAUUGUAACAUUUAUAGAUGAGACACUUGAGAUUAGUGCUUUUAUUUCAGUCAAGUACAUGAGUUAAUAUACACAUUUGUGUACUUUAAAAUGAACACAACAAUUGGACUGAAAAGGUGACAAUAAACACUACAUCAAAUAUGUUACACACAAUAAACAUUUUAUGUGUAGAUAUUCAAUAUUCACUUUUAUACUUAUUCAUAAUAGUGUUUUAUAUAUGUUUUUUGAAAUAAUGAAGUGUUACAUAUUUUAUUUUCUAAUUGUAGAUGAUUCCAUGGAUGAACUCCUUUAUAUGAUAUACAUAUUUGUUUUACAUGUGUUCAUACCUCUGCUUUUGAGUACACAUAAAUCCCUCUUAGUUCAUAUUUACUGGUUCACAUCUGAAACAUCUUCUGGAAGCAUAUUAUUAUUUACUUUAUACAUCAUUUGAGCAGUUGUCUUUUAUACAAUUUUAAAAUGUGUGACUUUAUGAAUCAUUAGUUGGGUCUCUAUAAUCCAUUCUAUUAAUUGUCUUUAUUACUCUCUUGUGUAAUAUGAAUAUUGUUGUGUGAUUGUUUUAUAUGUAUGUCC